AUGCCUGAGAUUGGGGAAGUAGCUCGAAUUGUGCAUUAUCUGAGAAAACAUCUUGUCAAUCGCACAGUCACGAGCUGCGAGGGCUUUGUCGAUGAUAUUGUCUAUGGAAAAGUCGGCUGCUCGGCCGAAGCCUUCAGCAAUGCCUUUACCGGCCGCAAAGUAAUGUCGGCAGGACAACAAGGCAAAUACUUCUACGUGACCUUGGACAAAGCACCUCACAGCAUUAUGCAUCUUGGAAUGACAGGCUGGAUCAAGUUUAACGCGGAGGAGACUGGAUACUAUCGACAAGCUGUGAAGAAGGACGGCGAGAAAGAAGACUGGCCGCCGAAGUACAUGAAAUGGCUUAUUAAAUGCGAUGCAGAGGGCGAUAGAGAGGCGUUGGAAGUGGCUUUUGUCGAUCCAAGACGGCUGGCGAAGAUACGGCUGGUGGAUUGCGAGGCGGACAAGAUUCGAAGCGUUUCGCCUUUGAAGGAGAAUGGGCCGGAUCCCGUUAUCGACAAAGACGUUGUAACGCUCGAGUGGCUUACAGCACUGCUGCGCAGGAAGAAGGUUCCAGUCAAGGCACUGAUCCUCGAUCAGGCGAACAUAUCAGGAAUAGGCAAUUGGGUUGCGGAUGAGAUCCUCUAUCAGGCAAAGUUGCAUCCUGAGCAAUAUAGCAACACAUUCUCUGACGACGAGAUUGCACGGCUAAGAGAGGCCAUGUUCGAAGUGACCGGACUUGCCUGCGAGGUGCUAGCCGACUCGGAACAGUUCCCACAAGACUGGCUUAUGAAGUACCGGUGGGAUAAGGGAAAGAAGGCGAGCAAUGUUCUGCCUAAUGGGGCGAAAAUUGUACAUUUGACCGUUGGAGGCAGGACCAGUGCGAUUGUGCCGAGUGUACAGAAGAAGACCGGCAACGUUGCAGCAGAUGUCAAAGGUGAGGACUCGGCCGAGGAGAAGACGGAGCCGGUGGCCAAAGGACGGAAGAGGAAGUCGAAGGCUGUCAAGGAAGAAGACGAAGAAUUGGGGAACGACGAUGAAGAGGAAGAAGUCAUGCCUGCGAAGAAGACUAGAAGCCGAAAAGUCAAGUCAGAGGCAGCCGACUCUGUUCCUACUGAGCCGAAAAGGGCAAGCAGGGGGGAGAAGGCUGCGAUCAAGAAUGAAGAGCCGGAAGAGGAGGUGCCAGGUCGCAAGAAGAAAGCGCAAUCCAAGCCGAUCGCACCCUCAAAGCCUGUGGUGCCAGGGGAGAGGAAGUCCACGCGCAACAAAGCUUGA